AUGAGCCUGGGAAUCGAUGCUGAUAUCGAGCUAUCUUCCCAGACGAAUCUGCUGGCCGUCGACAAAUCUGACUCGGAGAAGCCUUCCUCCUCCGAUGAUUCUUCUGACGCUGAAGAGAGCGUAUAUGGUACGCUAGAUGUUGAAGAGUCGCCAUUGGGACGACUUUACUCGGAAAUUGCAGGCGGUCAAGGCCCCGCUAGCGAGACCAACCUUACCAAACUCCACGAAUUGCUUCUCAAGCACAGCUCGGGAGUUCACACUCGAUAUACCAAUUGUGAAACGGCCCUCCACAUUGCAGCUCGUUACGGAUUUCACGAUGCCGCGCAGAACCUUAUCAAGGAUGGGGCGAACGUCUCGGCGAAAGAUAAAGACAAGCGACAGCCUUUACACAGAGCCUGUCUCGAGGGGCAUACCGAAGUAGUAGAAACGCUCAUAGAGCACGGAGCAGACAUUGAGGCCAAGCAGCAGUCCAAGGCUACCCCUCUCGAUGAAGCUUGCUGGCAAGGCCAUUUCAAUAUCGUAAACAUACUUCUCAGCAAAAGCGCCAAUCCCCUAGUCACUGACAAGGACGGAUGGUCUCCUCUGUACUCGGCAAGCCGGUACGGCCACUGGGAGAUAGUAGACCGCCUUCUCCGCGAGGACAAGUCAAACGUAGAUGAGGUUGUUUCCAUCCUGAUCAAGCAUGGAGCGAACCUUGACAUCAAGGACAAGAACGGACGCACCCCUCUCCAUUUGGCAAGCAUAGACGGUUUCUCAGAGGGUGCGAAGCGGCUGAUUGCUGGGGGUGCAGACUGCAACAUUCAAACGGACAACUCCAAAUCGACAGCUCUCAGAGCUGCUAGUAAUUGGGGUCAUCAAGAAAUAGUCCAAGCUCUCCUUGAUCCCAAAAACCCCAAUGGCCAGGCAGACGUCAACAUUCAAGAUAAGGACGAUUCAACUCCUUUGCAUGCAGCUAUUCUUGGAAAACACCUCAACGUUGUCAAGUUGCUGCUGAAGGCGAACGCGAAGGUAUACCUGGAAGACAGUGAUAAACAAACGGCUUUGCACUUAGCCAGCGAAAGGGGUGCCGAGAGCGUUGUCAGAUUGCUGCUGGAGACGAAGCAUAAUGUGGAUGCGAAAGACGAUGGAAGAACGGCUUUGCUCCUCGCCAGCGAACAGGGCAACGAGAGCGUUGACAGGUUGCUGCUGAAGACGAAGGCGUAUGUGGAUUUGAAAGACAGUAAUGGACGAACGGCGUUGCAUCUCGCCAGCGAACAGGGUGACAAGAACAUUGCCGAGUUGCUGCUGGAUAAGAAGGCGAGUGUUGAUCCGGAAGAUGAGGAAAAGCAAACGCCUUUGCAUCUUGCCAGUGGCGCCCCAGACCCAGAUCGAUCAGAACCUAGUGAUGCGACCCCCAACGACGAUUUCGGCGAAGAGUCCCAGUCUGGCCAGUAUUGUGCCGUCAUUGAACAUCUGCUGAGCAACGGGGCCAAUCCAGGGGCCCGAAACAAAAAGGGGGAGACGGCCGUACAUCUUGCUGCAGCAUACGGCAAACCCGACAGGCUUGAAUCACUCUUGAAAGGGUGUAAGGAGGGGGAUCUGUUGGUCCGAAACAACGAGGGCCAAACGGCCCUCUACUCAGCCUUCAAAGGAGAGCAGCCGGAGACUGCCAUGGCAAUACUUCUGAAAUCGGCCAAGCUAAAGACUAUGAAGCGCUCGUUUGGGCUGCUGUAA